AUGACGACAAAAGACAAAGCUGCUGACCCUCGACAUGACGAGUUGAUGACCAAAAUGGAAGAAACCCGCAAAAAGUGGCUUGCCGAAGAGGAGGAAGAAGGACAAGAUGAUACGGACCGGCUUUUGCAAGAGGCUAUCAAUAUGGCUGUCUCACAGGGUCGUGGUUGGGCACCUGGUGAGAAGGAAGAAUACAUGGCCAAGAUUCUGGACGAUGAUUUCAUUCCUCCCAUUUUUGCGGAAAACCAAGAAGAAUUGGAAGCUAGUGGGUUGGCAGAAGCAUUUUCGUCUCUGCAUUAUGAUGAUUCACCGUCUGUUGUGGCAUUAGAAUUCAAAAAGAAGGGGACCGAUUCCUUCUUGAAUGGAAAGCGGAACGAGGCCAAGAAUGUUCAAUACUUUCGAGAUGCUGUCAAUCAUUAUUAUGAUGCUUUUGCUUGGGCACAAAAGAUUGAGCCAUUGGAACAUAGACAACAAAAUCAAAAGACGGAAACAAAGCCAGAUGAAACUAAGAUGGACAAAAAAGAGAAAGAACCCACUCACGAUGAUGCACCCGAGUACACAGAAAAGGAGUUGGACGAAUUCAAGUCGACUAUCAUGGGCAAUGCUGCCCUGGCCCAUAUGAACUUGAAAAACUGGGGACACGUGCGAGAUGACAGCAAAAAGGCCCUUGAUUUCAACAAGGAAAAUGUCAAGGCGUGGUACCGUCUAGCAAAGGCAUACCAAAUGCUCCAAUGUUGGGAAGAAGCUGGUGAUGCCAUUGAUAGUGGACUUGGUGUACCGAAUGAAGCCCAAAACAAGGACUUGCUGAAACUCCAAAAGCUACUUGCCGAGAAGAUCCGCAAGGCCCGUGUCGCUCGUCAAAAGAGAGAAAAGCGACGAGCCGAGCGAGUGUCCAAAGUCAAGAAACUAUGGAAACAUUGCAAAGAACAAAGCUUUCAGCUGGGACGUGUACCACUAGUGGGGUCGGUCGGUGACGACGACGAGGAUGCAGACGAUGUGGCGGAAUCUAGAUGGCAUCACCAUCAUCCGCAUACAGGACAAUUGCCAGAGCCAGUGAGCGGAGCCAGCGACUGGGUUUGGCCAUGCCUCUUUUUGUAUCCGUCACAUUCGCAAUCAGAUUUUGUCAAACAAUUUGCCGAGUCGGAAAUGUUGGCCAUGAGAUUGGCCGAAAUAUUCCCAGUCGUGGAUGGUGAAUCCAACGAGAACAGCAUACCUUGGGAUUACGACAAUGAAUUUCAAUGCGACAAAUUGGCCAUCUAUUUUGAAAUCAAUUGUCCAAGCGAAGAGAGCAUUGAAAAGACAAAGAGCGGAAAGCCUAUUGUUCACCCAGAGAGUGUGGAACGACUGGUCGACCAAGGAUCCACUAUGCGCUUUUACGAAUCCUCUCGUGCACUCAAAGGAGACGAGGGUCCCGAAAUGGCCAAUUUGGUUACAGCUGUUGAACGAAAGCGUCUGUAUCAGCAACGAAAGAUAUGGAAGAAAAAGCAUGGAAGCUUGUGGCAUUUGCCAGAUCCUUUGGACGUUGUCCGUGUGCACCCAGCCAUGACGCUGAAGGGGAUUCUAUCGGAUCCGCGAAUGGUUGUAGCCAAUUUCCUGGUGACGCUUGUUGUUAUUCCAGAAAAUCAUCCAGUGCAUGAAGCGUACCUGAAGGAACACAAGUGCGUCGGUGUGCUGCAACCUGACGAAAUUGCGUAG